AGAAAAAAGAUUCAAUAAACUUGUUGUGUGUUCUUUUAACUCGUUGCGUGUUCUUUUUGCAGGGCUAGAGAAGCACACCCUUUAUUGGGUACCAGCAUCGGGGAAGAAAGGAGAUUGCUGCCCGUGGCAAACGUCCGCUAGACAUCAACAACAAUCUGAGUGUUUUCACAGAUGGUGAUGAAAAUGUUGAGAAAAACACUGCUGUGGAACAACCACCAAAAUUAAAACGUCAAAAGACCGGAUCUAACGAGGAUAAGAGAAACAGGGCAUCGCCUGCAAGGCUUUUCAAGCUGAAUAAACUUCUUGUACCUGUUCAACAAGGCCAAGCUCAAGUCACUUUCAGUCAAUUUCUGACACCAGAAUAAACAGACAUCCUCAACUUGACAAGCAGCAACUACAGAGCUCAGAGUUAAGAUCUGUAGCUGCACACACUACAAACACAUCAGGAUCUCCAAAUAAACGCUGUUCUGGAUUGAAAAAAGACCUUGAUGAACCUGAAGAUCCAUGCUCAGGUAGUGUACAAUAUAAGAACUCUGAACUGAAGGUGGUCCUCUUUGUGUGUGUGUGUGCGCCAUAGAACUCUGAACUCUGAACUGAAGCAGAGAGACAUAGUAAUCAGAAGCCAUUAGUGCUAGUUGGAAAGAUUCAUCUUAUACUCGGAAUUCAUUAGUGCGCGUUUUAGCCAUGCCCGGGCCGACUCGGAUUCAAAAACCAAAGUGCGCGUUUUAGCUAUGCCUGCCUUGGACGACUUCGACUCGGAUUCAAAUUGCUUCCCGCGUCUCUUCUUUCUUGCUCGCCUCGAUUCCAGAUCCAGCGUCUCCCAGAUUCCCGAUCUAUCUCACCUCGCUCUCCACCGCAUCCUCCCGUUCUGCCGCCGGAUCCCUGCUCUCACGAUCGUUGUUUGAUCGUUGCUCCCGCGACUCCGCGGCCGCGACCAUGGCCGGCACCACGGUGCUUCCGCCGUCUCUGCUCCCGCGUCGUAGCGCCGCCGCUGCCGACCUCCACUCCUGCUCCUCCCGCGUGCGCGUGAACCCCGCCUUGAUGGCCAACCCCGCGGCUGCCAAGAAGCCAAAGCGCCCCGGAUCCGUGCGCGACGUCCAACUGCCGCCGGCGAAGCGCGUACGCGGUGCCUGCUCCGGGGGCGAGCUCCACGUCGCGGUCGACAGCAGCAAGCUUCCGUGUCCCAGCAGCAGCAAGGAUCCAAGAACCAAGAACCAGGUCGCCGAAUCUCCGGAGAGCGCGACGCAACCGAAGCCGCAGAUGAGCAUGCGCGAACUGAUCGAGAAAGCUCGCCUCACAAUGGCUCGCCUCGACAAGGCUCGAUCUGCCUCCAAAGAAGAGGCCAGCCGUCGGCAGGAGAUCGAGCGCAGCAGAGCAGAGGCCCGGCGAAAGAUGGAGCAGAUGGCGGACACCGUGCAGUUCAACGACCCCUGGAUCCAUCACUCCGACGUGACCAAGUCCCCCGAGGAGCUGCUCCAAGCAAGACAGCAUGCAUGGCGUUAUCAAGCUCGCCUCCUCGAGAUGGCUCGUCGACGGGACUUUGCUCAAGCGAUGCAAAUCCACGGAUGAGCGCUCGGGUGAUCGAAGCAGAGGAAGAAAUUGCAUCAGAGGAAGCAAAGCAGAGGAAGCAGAGGAACCAAUUCCUUUCUUGAGUCCGUGUGGGUGAACCUUCGAGUUAAGCUAGUCCUUCCUAAACCAUUCACACAUGAGUUUCAUUUAAUCUUUGCAUCUCUAGGUUCUGCACUUAAUCACCAAGAUUUCUAGUGUUCUUUCAAUCCUUUCAGUCAUUAGUAAUUUUACAAGAGUGUCAGCAGAGUCUCCAUAUAGCUAGGCAGCAAAAACCUUGUUAAGAUGUGUACGGCAUAGUUACACUACAUCCACACCUGGUCCUAAGUAAGGGUUUAAGUAAAUAAAGGGCAUUUUCAAAAAAUCAAAGUAAAGCAUAUGAGCCUAAAAAGGAAGCUCAUGUACUGCAAUUCCGGCACGAGACAGAGCGUAAAACGCACUCGCCGUAAAAUCCAAAACGCCCGUUUGCUACCCGGCUUGUAGCAGGAAAAAAGGAGUAGAAUUGAACUUGUCGAUGCACACAAUAAUCAUGUGAGCUGCCUAGCGUCUGGAGACUAUGCUGACUCUCCUGUAAAAUUAAUCUUGGCUGACUUGGAUUCUUAGGCAUUGGCGUCGUGGUGAGUUAAAGUUGCAGUUUCUGACGAGUAGCAUUGGUUGGUGAAGUCUUGUGUGUAUGUGUGAGUGAAGUUUUGAGCUAAGCAAGUCCUUGAUGUACCGACUAUCAAGUCAUACUGUAAUCAAUUUUGGAUAUGAAUGAGAGAAUUGUUGGUCUGAA